UAGGGUUAAACGUAAUUAAAUUUUUGUUUUUGCCUAGUAGCCGGCUAGUAGCUUACCGGAACGAUGCGUAUCCGUUGCUGGUAGCUCAGCUGGCAUUCAACUGUCGUAUUUAUUUUUCCUUUAUGUAUUGUAUGUAUGUAUGUAUUUCCUUUAUGUAUUGCGGUACAAUAGCGGAGGUGUUUUACCAUCUCUAGCUGACAUGUAUAAUGAUGAUGAUGAUGAUGAUGAUGAUGAUGAUGAUGAUGAUGGUGAUGAUGAUGAUGAUGAUGAUGAUGAUGAUGAUGAUGAUGAUGAUGAUGAUGAUGAUGAUGAUGAUGAUGAUGAUGAUGAUGAUGAUGAUGAUGAUGAUGAUGAUGAUGAUGAUGAUGAUGAUGAUGAUGAUGAUGAUGAUGAUGAUGAUGAUGAUGAUGAUGAUGAUGAUGAUGAUGAUGAUGAUGAUGAUGAUGAUGAUGAUGAUGAUGAUGAUGAUGAUGAUGAUGAUGAUGAUGAUGAUGAUGAUGAUGAUGAUGAUGAUGAUGAUGAUGAUGAUGAUGAUGAUGAUGAUGAUGAUGAUGAUGAUGAUGAUGAUGAUGAUGAUGAUGAUGAUGAUGAUGAUGAUGAUGAUGAUGAUGAUGAUGAUGAUGAUGAUGAUGAUGAUGAUGAUGAUGAUGAUGAUGAUGAUGAUUGA